CUCACGCCUCGUCCUGCAACCCUUCUGAUCCCUGCUUCUCCCUCCCUCCCUAGAAGUAACUAUGUGCUGCUACAACUCUCUCUCUCUCUCUAGAUCUCUAUCACAACAAUUAAACAUAAAGCUAAAUUUGUUGCGCCCCAAAGGUGAUGUAGGAACAACCAGCUCACAGUCACACUUCUCUCUCAACUUGUGAAUUCAUUCAUUGAUCACUACUGUGUCUCUUGCACCUUGAAAUUUAAAGAGAGAGAGAGAUUCGAUAAUAGAAUAGAACCUCUCUCUCUCUCUCUCUCUCUCUCUCCACGCCAAGCCUCAUCAUCCUCCUAUAAGCUUAGUUCCAUCAUCAUAUCCCACUCCUUCUCUCUAGAUCACUGUCCUUGUGGUCCAUAUAUCUCGAUUACUUGGACCCUGCAGGUCCAUAUAAACGUGUUCAAUAUUUGAAGCAUCGAGGAGACAAGGAAAGCGAAACCCGAAUUAGAAUUACCAGCGGAAUUAGAGAGAACAGCCAAGCAUGGAUUGGACCAACACCAACUUGAGGCAGCAGCAGCACCACCACCUUGUUUCUCGACCUGAACCUUCCUUUGGUUUCCUCUACAACUAUAACUUCGACCCUUUUCCUCAUCCUGGCAUGGAGAUGAAGCAUCAUCAAGCCAUGUUCUCCGAGACACCACAAGGAUCGGUUCCUUCUUCCAUGGAGAGGAACAGUCAUCAUGUCAUGAGUUACGGCUGCAACAGUCAAGAGAAGAAGAAGCGAUUGUCAACCGAUCAGUUAGAGUCACUGGAGAGGAGUUUCCAAGAGGAGAUAAAGCUGGACCCUGAUAGGAAGAUGAAGCUAUCGAGAGAUCUCGGCCUUCAGCCUCGGCAAAUCGCUGUUUGGUUCCAAAACCGACGAGCUAGGUGGAAGGCCAAGCAGCUCGAACGCUUGUACGAUGCGCUCAAACAAGAUUAUGACGCCGUCUCUAAAGAGAAGCAAAAGCUUCAAGACGAGGUCAUGAAACUGAAGACUAUUCUGAGAGAAGAAGUUGCUAGGAAGCAGGUUUCUCCGGGCUACACUGAAAUCUCCGGCGAAGAGACAGUGGAAAGCACUUCGGUUGCUGCCAUUCGAAGCUCGAACAAGGCAGGAGGGGUGAGCCAGCAUCAGAUUGCAGAGGGCAACUAUCUUUUCAAUGUUGAGGAGUAUAACCCUGUAUCACCACCUUACUGGGGUGCCCUGCCUUCUUAUCCCUAAGAGCUUUUGUUGUUCAAGUUAUUUCUAACUUUAAUUUCUCAGGAUUUUGUUUGCUUUAUUGUCGUAGUACGCAGUAACUAGUAAGACGCACUAUAUGUAAUUCCCAGCUAGAGUAUUAAAUUAGAGAGAAAUGACAUUACAUUCAACCUAGUGGAGCUUAUGAUCAGCAUGACAUGUACGUGGUACCUUUGUACACUUCCAUAUUCAUCUUC